UAGUGGUUAUUACGUCACACCUCUUCUAUAAAUUAAGGCUGCGUCUUAUCAUCCCAAAUCAUACAAGUCUCUCUCUCUCAAAUUUCGAAACCCUAAAAAAAAAUGUCAGAAGUUGAGUACCGGUGCUUUGUCGGCGGCCUUGCCUGGGCCACCCAAGAUCAUGAUCUAGAAAGGACCUUCUCACAAUUCGGCGACGUUCUCGAUUCUAAGAUCAUUAACGAUCGCGAGACCGGAAGGUCAAGGGGAUUUGGAUUCGUCACUUUCAAGGACGAGAAAGCCAUGAGGGAUGCGAUUGAGGAGAUGAACGGAAAAGAGCUCGAUGGACGUACCAUCACCGUGAACGAGGCUCAGUCAAGAGGUAGCGGCGGUGGAGGAGGCCGUGGAGGCGGAGGCGGUGGUUACCGCAGCGGAGGCGGUGGCGGAUACGGAGGAGGAGGUGGUGGUUACGAGAGACGUAGUGGAGGUUACGGAUCUGGUGGAGGCGGUGGUGGCCGAGGAGGAGGAGGAUACGGUGGUGGUAGUGGUCGCCGUGAGGGAGGUGGCUACGGAGGAGGUGACGGUGGAAGUUACGGAGGAAGCGGUGGAGGUGGCUGGUAAUCAAAGAUGGUGUGGCUUUCGUGCCGCUCUGUUUUUGGUUUAGAUUUGGUUUUGUGUCACCGUUUGUCUCUGGUUUGGUUAUCGUUCGUUUGGUUUACUUUUUUGAUGAAACAUAUCGUUUAAAGUCUUCUUUGUCUGGAACGAAAUGUUAAUUCGCGUGUUGUUCACUAAAUUAUAAGGUUUCCUCUUAACCAGAUUUGAGAUU